AUGGAGUCGUUUUGUCUGAAGAUCAAGAUUACUUGUUUGCAUGCCCAACUCUGCACUCAACAACAGACCUCUGCAUUGCUCCAAUUUAAGCAACAAUUUUCCUUCAAUAAAUCUGCCGAUGAGGACUGUGAUUCUGUCGGAAUCCUUUCUUACCCGAAGAUGGAGUCGUGGAAGGAGGGUUCUGAUUGUUGCUCAUGGGAUGGGGUCAAGUGUGACAACAACACAAGUCAAGUAAUUGGCCUCGACCUCAGUUGCAGCUGGCUCCUAGGCACCAUCCAACCCAAUAGCACCAUCUUCUACUACUUUCCUCACCUCCAAAGGUUCAACCUUGCUUUCAAUGAUUUUGGCAUGUCUCAAAUCUCAUCUGAAUUUAGUCGAUUCACCAGAUUGACACACCUCAACCUCUCUGACUCUAGUUUUUCUGGAAAAGUCCCUAUAGAAGUCUCAUUUCUGAGCAAAUUGGUCUCGCUUGAUCUCUCUUACAAUUAUGAUUUGAGGUUGGAAGAACCUGGAUUUGAAUUACUUGUUCAAAACUUAACCAAGGUAAGAGAACUUAAUCUUAGAGAUGUAAACAUAUCUUCAGUGGUUUCGAAUUCCUUGCUCAAUCUGACUUCUUUAACACUUCUCCAUCUUUCUGAAUGUGGAUUGCGUGAAAAAUUUCCUGAUGGAAUAUUCCAUUUACCACAUCUGAAUGAGCUGCGUAUACCAUAUAAUGAUGCUCUCGCUGGUUAUUUUCCCGAGUUUAUAAACUCGAGCAGUCCUCUCCAGUACUUGGUGCUUACACGCACUAAUUUCUCUGGAGAACUACCAGACUCAAUUGGGAAUUUGAAGUCCUUGAAAACGUUGUAUGCCGCUCGUUGUAAAUUUUAUGGAACCAUCCCUACGUUGCUCGGAAACCUUACGGAAAUGACUGGUUUAGGCAUCGGAUAUAACAAUUUCACCGGCAUGCUCCCAUCUUCACUUUCAAACCUUGGAAAUCUCGUCGUCUUGAGAGUUGACAGUAAUAAUUUUGAAG